UAAAUGGGACAAAUGAAGUUCAUGUUCCACAGCUGGUGAUGGCGGAUGUUGUUGAAAAAGACACCAUGAAGAAUUACCACAUAGCGUCCGAGAAAAUUAACCCGGAGGCCAGUCGCUACCCUUACUGCAUUGUGUGGACACCUAUCCCCGUCUUGUCAUGGCUGCUUCCAUUCAUUGGUCACAUGGGAAUCUGCACCUCCACUGGAGUCAUCCGAGACUUUGCUGGACCUUACUUUGUCUCGGAGGACAACAUGGCUUUUGGAAGACCAACAAAGUACUGGAUGCUUGAUGUGAGCAAAGUCUACGCCAGCGGCUCCAACGCCUGGGACACUGCAGUACACGAUGCGUCAGAGGAGUAUAAGCACAGGAUGCACAACCUGUGCUGUGACAACUGUCACUCACAUGUCGCCAUGGCUCUGAACCUGAUGCGAUAUGAAAACAGCACCUCAUGGAACAUGAUCAAACUCUGCCUCCUCGCUCUCAUCCACGGAAAACACGUCAGCUGUGCAGGCUUCCUGAAGACCUGGCUGCCUUUCCUGAUGCUCAUGGGCAUCAUCCUUACAGUGGCCUUGGCCCUCAACCUCCGGUGACCGGGCACACAGGUUUAAGACACAGUGGAAACCCCCUCCCCGCUCUCUCUCUCUCUCCCCAGCGGCUCAGAUGUGGCGCUGACCUUUUGAACAACAAGGGGGACGGGGGCAUCACACGGUGUCGAGCAAAAGUAACCAAGGAGAUAAAGACCUACUCACCUCCAGGAGGAGGUUGUUGGACAGGAAUGUCCGGCGCAUUGGCUUUGUGGCGAGCAGGUGACCGAUCACUGGCAUUUACCACAGAGUGAAGCUGGAAAAAUCCCCAGUGACGGGAAUUCAUUAAAUAUCCAUCUAUGUUUAGACAAGUGACUGAACAGCACACCACCAGGACAACACUAACUUUGAAUGGAUUAUGGAGAAUCUGGUUUAAGCCAUCGCCACCUGCAGAGUGUAAAAGUUGUGUGGCUGUACUGACGGUUUGAAAACCGGUACCGAUGUUGUCGAAUUCUCUGAGGGAAACACAUCCAUGCCUUGCUUUCUGAUUAUUUUACUUUGUAAUGGAUUGGGAGUGUAAUCCCCUGGUUCAGUGCUUCCAGAAUGCCAUUUUUUAUACUUGGGGAACAUGUUAAAUCAAUUAGCUGCCUUUCAAGGGAAUUUAUUGCAUUUCAUGCUUGAUCUAAUGUAGCUCUUCCACAGUAUUGCAACUAAUACCUAAAUACGCAAGAGCGGUUUGUAUUUUUGUGCGUUUUCUUACUCGUAUUCUAUAGAAUAUCAAACAGCCUGCAUCUCUUAAAAGAAAUAUUUUCUCAGAGAUAUGCUAUAUGUGCUUUACAUGCAUCACCUCAUGGUACUAUUAACCACAAAUCAUCACGAUUGUAGCAACCUCAACGAAUGUGGCUGUGGUAAAUAUCUAGAGAAGCCGGGAGAAUAGUGAAGCUCCUCUUGGUUUUCUGUACAUGUGCCAAAUGUAGGAGAACGUGAGACCAACUCAAACUGUGUCCUUUGCAUAUUUAACUUUGUUCUGUAGUGGAGCAGCUCAUCGGCGACUCCAACCUCAUCGAAUGGAAAGCCUGCCGAUGUGGGAAUUAUGAAACCUGCUGAUUGUUCGGUUGGGUUCGGUUUGUUUUCCCCUUACUGCUUUUGACUUUUAUGAGAAAAAGCAAGAGUCAGUGCCUAAAAGUGACCUCUCUCGUCAUUCCCUUUUUAAACUACGUGAUAUGUUUUUAGGUUUGUAGGUUUUUGGUUUUUUUUCCUUCUUCUUCAAAACGUUAAAUCCACAUGAUGGUUGGCACUCAAAAUCCGUUGCCAUGGCUGUCGUGAGCAGAUUCAAAUCCCCUCAUUGUUUGCAAUCAAACAGAAAAAAAAAAAGUGUUGAGCCCUCUCUUUGUCCACGGUGCUGCCAGAAGCAGCAGGUAGCCAGGAUCCUCAGGUUUUUCACGCUCACAACCCCUGCUGAACAUCCCGUUUCCCCCCAGCGCCUGACCAGCGUCACUCCCGCUGUUUUCCACCUCUGCAGAUCAGAUUCGAAGGUCAUUGUGAAAUGUCAGCGCUGUUUCACAAAGCUUUGUUGUGUAUUGACCAACAUCCGCGCAAUAAUCCAAAGUAGAUGUCAUUUUAGUGCGAGCUUAUAAAUUAAAGUCCGUUUUCCUUUCUGUAGUAGGAGUUUACCUCUAGGACUAACACAGUGCCAGUUUUGUAGACUUUGCUCUCCUCAUUGGGCUCCUGUUGAAAGCAGAUAUUCUGUGGCCUCUUCUUGUGCGUAUCUCACCCAUGUUGCCUGUAAAUAUUUGAACAUUCUCUACAUCAGGUGCUCUUUCUAUACUUUGCAAACUUGAUCACUCACUACAGAUUUACUUCCUGAAUAAUUUAGUGUAAUUUCCUUUGUUCUGUUUUCUCUACUUCUUCAUAUCAUGUCUGCUCAGCAGUGAAGCAGAUUCGUGCCUGGAUGAGUGUGUGUGUGUGUGUGUGCGAGUGUGUACGUACGUGUGUGUGUUAGUUAUCCACAUAAUGACUGGAGAGAGCAUGCAGUUGCAUGCCAGCAUGUGUGUAUUGCAUGCAUGCAAGAAUAUGAGUGGAACUGUUGGAGAGAGAAGUUCAUGGUCGACUCAUAGCUGUGGCUUCUUAAUAAUCAGCUGCAUUUUAUUGCAGCAAGCUGCCUAGUGAUUGAUUUCUAUAUGUAUCACUCCAUAUUUUUCCUCUUAAUCUCUUUUAAAUGUUAUGUGAUUGCUGGUAAACUUUAGUGAGAAUAAAUAAUAUAUUAGACUGUAACAGGCCUGCUUAAGUUGAUGUUGAUUCGAUGCAAUAGCUGGUUCCAUGUGUACUGUAGCUGCAGAUUAGAGCUGCAGAGUCAUUUUCUCAAAGAGGAAACACUAAGAAAUGGAUAAUCUGGCUUCAGUUGGAGUGUUGACUGUCUAUAUAACUAUAGAAACACAUUGAGGAAUAUUUUAAACGGACACCUCUCUUUUUAAGCAAUGUCACCAGUAAUUGUGUUUUUUUGUAAAUGCAACUUUAUACUCUAAAGUCUCAAGUAGUCAUCUGUUAAAUUACUGAUUUACCAUUUUGGACAUUGCAAGUAAGGAGACAGGCAGCUCUACAUUUAGAGGGGGUGUUACUAAAAGGAGCAUGUGUUUAAAAAAAAAAAAAAGCUGGAAAUGUGCUCAUUAUGUCCAAACUGCAGUGACAUUUUCUAUCCGUGUCCAGCGGCUUGUGGAAAAUACCAGCAGAAACAAACAGAAAAAGCGCAAAUCCCUUCGGCUCUCUGUAAUUGCGCUAAAUGUCGGAAAAUUGGAGACAAACAUUGUGUUUGAACAUGUAGCUCGCCUGUUAAUGAAACAGCUUAUUCAUUACAUUUCGAGCCCUGAAAGGUAAUGAAUGAAUGGCCCUUUGAGAUCAGCUGAUAAAAACACAACAUCAGCGUAAUUACUGACAUAUAAACGUAUAUUUUAGGAGGAGCGAUAGAAACUGUGCGGACAAAUCGCACACCAGCCCUUCAUGGGAGCGCAUGUGCAAGAAUGCAAUAUUCAGUGGAGAUGGUUUGAAUGGUUUUAGAUGUUGCCUGCUGCGGUGCCUUGUUGUAUCCAAGAGCCAGGUCCAGGAAUGUGGAGACCUGUGGUCCCAGCGAUUCAGUCUGCUGACAAAAGACAGUUGGGAUGCUAUUAUUAGUGCCACUAUCCAUAUAUACUUAUACCAGUCUGCAAUUUCUAAACCCUCUUUUGUUUCUGUAAUCCCCAAAAUAUCUUUUAUGCUGCAGAUCAUAUAGCCCACGGGGGGAAUUUUAAGAAUCCUGCAAGUGACUGUGUGAACUCUGAAUGUGUUUCUGACUUACAGCUAUAACACCAAUAAAGAUGUCUAUUAUUGUA